UGUGUUUUUUUUUCAUUGCCAAGCACCGACAUGUUUACGAAUUCACAGUUUUUGGACUUGAAAUUAAUUGUCACUGAGUUUUAUAUUUUUUUUUAGCUCGCGAGUUUUAAUUUUAAUUAAGAUAAAUUUAAAUAUAAAUGGGCAUCAGUUUGCUCGGCAAAAGUCUAGUUGAUUGAUUCACUUGUUUAUUUAUUUUAAGUAAUUAAAUAAUAAGUAAAUAAUGGAGACUGCUAGUGAACAACCUAGUGUUGUUACCCAGGAAGUACCGGCAGUUAGUACUGAGCAGCAAGAGCAUGUCGAAGAACCGAUGGAAGAAGGAGGUGAAGAGUACGGGUUUGAAGGUGACGAGUACCGGCAUUAUAUGCCGCGAGGCCGUGGUGGUUUCAGCCCUCAUGACCGCGGAUUCGAGUAUGGGAUGCGUGGAGGCGGAGGAGGAGGCGGAGGCCCGAGAUUUCGGGGCAGAGGAUUUGGACCCAGAGGCCCGAUUUACCGAGGAACUAACAAUGGGUAUCCUUACGAAGGACCACCGCGACCUAAUUGCCCUCCGGGACCUACGGGACCCAGGUACAGAGGACCUCCGCCGUUUGACCCGAGCUGGGGACCUAUGGGCCCACCAAAUAUGAUGGGACCUCCUAAUUUGAUGGGCCCACCAGGAAUGCCACCUCCGCACAUGAUGAAUGGACCAAUGGCUUCAGGAAAUCCGUACGGACCUCCUGGAAUGGGUCCGCCCAACAUGAACAGCAUUCCAGGCCAGCAGCAACCGCAACAGCAAGCUCAGCAGCAAAACAACAUUCCAGGAUUGGACCUUAAUGGCGAGGUAUGGGUCGAAACAAAGACAGCGGAUGGCAAGUCUUACUUUUACAAUAUUCGGUCUAGAGACACUACGUGGACCAAACCCGAGGGCCCAAAUGUUCGGGUUAUGGGUCAAGAUCAGUUGGAGCAACUGGUUCAUGGUGCAGCUAAACAGCCAGCCAGAGAAUCAACACCAGUGUCAACGGCAAACCAACAACCUCAGCAGCAACAGCAGCCACCGCAACAGCAGCAACCGCAACAACAGCAGCAACAACAGCAGCAGCAGCAACAACAGCCGCCACUUGCUGAGCCAAGAACACCAGGUAAUGAACAAUCACCUAAUGCAGAUACAAUGAAUCAGGCAAACACAGCACCACCAGGUACUGGCCCACCCCCAAUGCUAAAUGAAGCUCAGGAAGUUGUCAACCAACAACAACAACAACAACAACAACAACAGCAGCAGCAGCAAUCGGUCGUUGAAGUUGCUCAGCCUAAUGGUACAGUGACAAAUGUAAAUACGACAGCAGCAGCAACUCAACCAGUAGCUACAAAUAUGUUGCAACCGCCACCGAACAUGGUACCAAUGCAACACCGAAUGCCAAAUCAAUAUGGCGCUCCCAUGGCAACUCCGUUUGGUGCGGCACCUUUUGGAAUGCCACCGCCAGGUUUCCAGCCAUUUGGUGGGUAUGGGCCGCCGCAAACUGGAUGGGGAAUGCCGCAGAUGCACGGCGUGAUGGCUCCCCAAACACCAGCUGAAGAUCCAGCAAUUAUCUCUCAGUUGGACUCGGAGCUAGUGGCGGCAGCGAUGCUCUGGAGCGAGCAUCGCUCUCCAGACGGCCGUCUUUAUUAUUACAACAGCAAAGCCGGUGAGUCUGUGUGGGAAAAACCCCAAGCUCUUAAAGAUUUUGAGGCUGCUAAAAUAACGGUCAGGCAAAAGGCCGAGGAGAUGGCGGCCCCGGAUGUAACCAAUGCUGUGCCUGAUGCUGUGAAGCAGGACAAAGGACAGCCUGAGGCUGCUAACGAUACCAAAGACAGUUUUAAAGAACCGGAGGCUGGUGGUAAGAAGAAAGAAGAGACUCCGAAAGAGCCGGCCAAGCCCCAAGACAAAUCGCGUCCGAUUUCUAGUACUCCAGUGCCUGGUACUCCCUGGUGCGUCGUCUGGACUGGUGACGGUAGGGUCUUCUUUUACAAUCCUUCGUCGAGAAUUUCCGUUUGGGAAAGACCUGAUGAUCUUCUUGGGCGACAGGACGUUGAAAAGAUGAUGGCCAACAUGCCAGAGGCUGCAGCUAGUCAGAAAAACUCGAGGCCAGAUGACUCCAGUGACAGUAGUGAUGAUGACCAGCCUGGUCCUGCUAAGAAAGCCAAGCAAGAAGAGCCUGAAGAACCAGCCGCCGCGGUUGUCAAAGAAGAGGAAGAGAAAGAAGGUAAGAAAACAAUAGACAUCGGCAAGGAAGCCGCCAUCGAAGCCGAAGUUCGCGCCGCCAGAGAACGAGCGAUUGUUCCACUUGACACCAGGAUCAAGUCAUUCAAAGAAAUGCUCGCUGAGAAAGACGUAUCGGCAUUCAGUACUUGGGAAAAGGAGCUCCACAAAAUAGUAUUCGACCCCCGGUACCUGCUGUUGACUUCCAAGGAACGCAAGCAAGUCUUUGAAAAAUACGUGAAGGAACGCGCGGAGGAAGAGCGACGGGAAAAAAGAAAUAAAAUGAAGGAGCGUAAGGAUCAGUUUCAAAAAUUACUUGAAGAGGCAAACUUACAUGGAAAAUCGUCUUUCAGCGAUUUUGCGCAAAAGCACGGGCGCGACGAGCGUUUUAAAAACGUUGAAAAAAUGCGCGAGCGAGAAAGUCUUUUCAACGAGUGGAUACUGGAAGUGAGAAAACGAGAAAAAGAAGAAAAAAACGCCAAACGAGAACAGGUGAAAAAGGAUUUCAUGACAAUGCUACGGGAGCACAAAGACAUCGACAGGCACUCGCACUGGGGCGAUUGUAAAAAAAUCCUGGAGUCUGAUUGGCGGUAUCGCGCUGUCGAUUCCGCGAGUAUGCGCGAGGAUUGGUUUCGCGAUUACAUAAGGAUACUGAAGGACGAACGGAAGCGCGAGAAGGAGCGCGACCGGGAUAAGGACAAGGAGCACCGACACCGGGACAAGGAUCAUCACAAAUCCGACAAGAAGGACAAGGACCGCAAGGAGGAUAAGCACAAAGAAAAAUCUUCCAAGGAUAAGGACAAGGACAAAGAUAAGGACAAAGAUAAAGACAGAGAUAAGGACAAAAAGAGGCGCAGUGAUACUGCCGAGGAAAAUGGAAAAGAUAAGAGAGAUGAUAAAGAGAUUGGAGAGAUUGAAGAUCAUGAUGAUAAGAAAAAAGAUAAUAAAUAUGAAAAUAACGAACACUCGGACUCAGAAGAAGAUCGCGAGAAACAAAAACGCGAAAGGGAGCGGAGAGCUGAGGCGAGUUUACGGGAAAGAGAACGCGAAGUUCAGAGAACGUUGGCUACACAUUUAAGAGAUCGUGAUAAGGAGAGACAGCACCAUAGACAUACGGAAGCUGUCCAACAUUUCAGUGCACUACUCGCUGAUUUGGUGAGAAAUGGAGACUUGGCAUGGCGAGAAGCUAAACGCCAGCUAAGAAAAGACCACAGAUGGGAACUCGCCGACAGUUUGGACCGGGAGGAGAAGGAGCGAUUAUUUAACGAACACAUUGAACAGCUGGGCCGCAAAAAGCGGGACAAGUUCCGGGAACUGCUUGACGAAGUCGGAGCCUCCACCGAGCUCACGGCCUCGUGGAAAGACAUAAAGAAAUUGCUGAAAGAUGAUCCUAGAUACACCAAGUUCUCUUCCAGCGAUCGGAAAUGCGAGAAGGAGUUCAAGGAAUAUAUCAAAGACAAACUAGUAGCCGCGAAAGCGGACUUCCGCGAGCUGCUGCAGGAGACUAAACUGAUAACCGACAAAACGUACAAAAAGGUCCAGGAAAAUAGCGCAUGCUUGACAGAAAUAGAAGACAUUUUGAAGAAAGACAGAAGAUUUUUAGUGUUAGACGCCGCGGCUGCCGAGCGCACGAGAUUACUUAUGGGUUACCUUGAAGAACUGGCACGCAGAGGCCCACCUCCGCCUCCUACUGCUUCAGAGCCUUCUCGUAGACCCACGACCAAGGAAAUUAUGAAGCUUGUAAUGCAUGGAGAUGUCAUAUUGCGAAAUCUAGCUUUGGUGUUGUUGGUGUUUGUUGUCAGCAGUCGACAGCAAGAAAAUAGACCAUGGAAUCGUUUGUACCCAACGAAUUCCGUCUAUCAACAAAAUCAAGCUGCUUUAGUCUUAGCACCAACUGACAACUACAGUAAUAAUAAUAGCAAUAAUAAUAAUAGCGAUAAUAAUAAUAAUAAUAAUAAUAAUAAUAAUAACAAUAACAGUAAUGAUAAUAAAACAAGUAAUGAUGUACGUACAGCAAUUGAAGUAAAUGAAGACUACCAAGACUACGAAGAAGCUCCAAAUAAGGACGCAGUCGAAACUAGAGAGAUUCAUUAUGAAACAAAAGAGGAAGUUCCCGAUGACUAUGAAGCUGAAUAUUACGAUGAUUAUGAUAAUGCGACAAAUUCUCAAGCGGCAGAUGAACAUGACACGUAUGAUGAAUCAGCUAGUGAAGAAAUAAUAAAUAGUCAUGAACAAAUAGUUCAGAGUGAAGAAAUAGUCAGAGAAAAUUUAGAGAGUAAAGAUAAAAUAGUUAAUGAUAAAAAAAUAAUAAAUUUAAAUAAAUCGGAUUCUUUGGGUGAAGAUCAGGAUGAAGAUGACGGGAGAAUUUUGAUUGGUGAAGCUGUCGUGUCGGUGGUGACAACAAAGAGUGUUGUAAAUGGCACUUACUCAGUACCUACAUCAUUGCCGAUGACAACUGAACAAAUGUCACCACCGCCGACAAUUUAUUCAUCUGAAUCAUCUCGAUCUGCUGAUGAGACAACUGAAGAUGCGAUGAUUGUUGCCUCUGUUCAGACGAGUCGGAGUAUUUCCGGAGCACGUUUUCUACCUUUUAAUUUAAAUAAUUAUGAUAGCGUUGAAAAAAAUACUAAUGACAAGGACGAAGCUGAUGGUGAUGGUCAAAAGUCUAGAGACAAUAAAACAGUUGCCGAGUCGACUGAAAGUAUCAUCGACAAACUGGACCGGGUGCAGUCUGAACUCUCGAGCGGGUUUCUGACCGGGGGAUUCAGAACUGCUGGCAACGCUCUUCAGCUUGAUGUCCUGAGCGAGCAAAGACCUACGCGGAAGACCUUCACCACGACCUCCAAGACUCCUGUUAUCAGUAAGUUCGUUCCGAGGCGGAAGACGGUAGAAACCAGUGGGUCUGCAAAGGAGGAUAACUUGGAGGAAAAAGAAGCCAUGAGCAAGACAGCUGACAGUGGUGAGGUGAUGAGUGACCAGACUGAGAAGCCUAAAGCUUUCCGUAUACCCUGGCCAGGUUCCGCGCGGACUAGAAUCACUACUACUACUGAGUCUACCAGAAGAACUACGAGGAAGCCGUUCAGCAAAGCUAGGAGUGAGGCUCAAGACAUCAGCGCUUUCUUGCCACCGGGUUACAAAUUGAAGAAAGAAGACCAGACCACUGAGAAAAGUAUUCUGGGAGACAUACUCGCCAAGUCUAAGGUCAACAUCUCGGCCCUGCUGCCUAAAGACUUCAAAGUUGGGAGCAAAGAACCUGAAAGCAGCGAAAUUACUAAAGAGCUGCCGCUGCAGAAUUUAUUCGCGAAACCUGUUGAUGUCAGCAGCUUCCUGCCUCCGAACUUUAAACCGAAAAAUGAUACCAAGAGCAACGUCCUGGAGGCGACUGCGACUCCGAUACAAAAAAGUCUACAGGAAUUAUUUUCAAAAUCCAGUGUCGACAUUUCGGCGCUUCUGCCUCCUGGUUUCAAACCUGUAGAUAAAAAUAACAGCAAAGUUGAGAAUAAAGACAAGGAAAUAACCACGAGUACCACAGAAGCUAGCAAGGGUGGAAUAAAACUCGUCUUUCCUAGCAGACCUGGUGGCAGAAAAGCGAUUGCCAAAGUUGCCACGACAAGUCGGCCUGCUGAUGCACCGACUGUUGGACCUAAAAUUCAAAGAGGAUGGCCAGUUAGAGCCACUACGGAGUUCACUGGGUGGCCGACGCCCUCGACGACUCCGAUCUCCAUUGAAAAAUUACUUGAAGCCGCCAGAACUGCGACUGUAACUUCAGUCAACAGUUCGAUGAUCACUUCGACUAGUGAGCCUUCGACUACUUCGACUUCGACGACCACCACGACGACGAUCCGACCCACGACACCGGGACUUUGUGAAGAAGAUUGCGAAGUCGCGGGUACGAUCAGGAUUAUUGGCAACGCGACUUGGCUACCGGAGUUGCUGGACCGCAAUACGAAGGAGUGGCAACUGCUGGCUGAUGAAAUUGAAAAAGAGAUGAACUUGGUCUUCCUGAAGUCUGCGAUCCUGAGAAAGUGGUACAAAAAUAUACGCAUUGACGCUUUUAGUCAGGGAAGCAUUUUGGUGGACUACUUUGUCGAGCUCCAGGACUUGAGCCAGAAGAUAAACACCCAGGAGUUGAAAGUCUUGUUCCAUGACUCGCUGAGGGCCUACAAUGCCCACAGGUGGAACGAGACCAAGAUCAACAAGGGCCCGGUGAGACUGGGCAACUUUGUGAUCGAUCCAAAGUCUACGGACUUUGUGGUGAUACCCAGAGUUACUUUGCCCCAGCAACUUGACAAGGAUGACAGAUUGAUCCCACAAUGGGCUAUCGCUGUUAUUGUCAUUGGCGUUGGUGGUUUAUUGUUUAUUAUUAUUUUUGGUGUUUCUGUCCUGGUGAAUCGUCAGAAUGCCGCAAAGUUGAAACCACCGACAGCCGGAAUGUACGGAGAGGAAGCAGCUAAAAAUAUAAUACACUCAAGUCAUGUUGCGUCGUCCCAUAGAUCAUCCCACGAGUAUCCAAAGUCGGAGAUCUCCACGAUCUGGAACGAAACUGACGCAUGGAAGGAAAAAUCCUUUGAGUCAAAUUCAAAUAAGAUUUUAAUGGACGGUAUCGUGCCCGACAAUGAAAAAUACAACGUCUACGACAGCUGGAGAUCUGACUGGAACGGGUACUACUAUCAGCCAUCUCACACAAGCAGCAAGUUCGCCGGUUACGAAAGUACUGCUAAUUUUUCACGCCAUCCGCCCGAUUACGACACAAAUUUUUAACAAACUCUGUCUAAAA